AUGGCAACAGGAAUCAAAAAGACUGUUAAGGUCGUUGUUGUCGGUGAUGGCGCUGUUGGAAAGACAUCUCUGCUGAUUCUAUACACAACCAAAGCCUUCCCAACAGACUACGUCCCAACAGUAUUUGAUAACUUCAACUGCCUCGAAAUGUACGAUAAUAAGCCUGUAAAUUUAGUCCUCUGGGAUACAGCUGGACAGGAAGACUAUGAUAACCUCAGACCACUAUCAUAUCCCCAAGGAGUAGCACUUGCAAAGGAGAUAGGAGCGAUGGAGUUCUAUGAGUGUGCUGCUCGCACAGGUAGUGGCGUCAAUGAGAUAUUCGCAGCGGCGAUCAAGGCAGCCUUUAACAAACAACCUGCGACCAGCUCUUCCAAAAAGUCAUCAUCUUCGUCGUCAUCCAAAUCAAAGUCAUCGACGUCUUCGACAUCACCUUCGUCAUCAGGCGCAUCAUCAUCAUCGUCGUCGACAACCUCCACCACGUCGACAUCAUCAAAGCCAGCAGAGAAGAAGCAGAGCUGGAGUUUGUUCAGAAAGAAGGACAAGGAUGACAAGAAGCCAACCAAAUAA